UAAAUAGUAGUCAAACACUUUGCUUACUACUCAAGGAUUUUUGAUAAUUAUAAUUGUUGAAAAACUGUCUUGUUUUUUCAUUUUUAAAACGUUAUUAGAAUUUUUUUCUCAAUUUUCCUGCUUUUGAAAUUUUGUGAGAAAUAUACUCAUCGAUAACAAUGAAGGAUAACGGAUAAUGUGCAUCGUUAAAUUACAAAGAAUCAUGAUUUCAAUGCUUAAAAAGGCUUCGUUUAUAAUCAUUUUAUUUGGAUUACAUUUUUCAGAAUCGUCUUCAAAUAUUCCAGAUGCUGUUACUCAAAUGCCUCUUAGUGACAUUUAUUGUAAUUUUGACGAUGGGAAUCUAUGUUCAUGGACUGCCGAGGGAUCAAAAGUUAUUUGGAAAACAAGUGUUCCGAAACAAAGUAAAGACAGAAUGCCAAAUUUUGAUCAUACCCAGGGAAAUUAUUUAGGGCGUUAUGUGUAUUUGAAAGGAGACAAUAAGAUAACAAGAUCAUCAACUUUAACUAGCUCCAAGCUGCCAGCGGAGUGGAAAGGAGAUUUCUGCCUGAGUGUUUGGUAUUAUAUGGAUGCCGAUGGAGGUGACAAGUUGCAAAUCACCGUAGAAAAUUCAAAAUACAUUUUUUCUUAUGAAUACAAAGAGGUUUGGAAUAAAAGAGGAGAAUUUAGUUACAAGUGGAAACAUAUUUACGUUCACGCCAAAAGUGACAAAAUUCGCCCAACAAUUAGAAUCGUUGGUUCUGUGAAAGCCGGUGUAGUUGCACUGGAUGAUAUAAAUGGCAUGGCUGGAUCGUGUCCCCCAGCAAGAGUGUGUACUUUUGAAGAUGAUUGGUGUGGAUACACUCAAGAUCCAACUAAUUCGUUUAAUUGGCUCAUCAAGUCUGGUAUGGAUAACGAUACAAGAAAUGCAAUUGUGGAUCAUACAACUCAAUCAGCAUCCGGAAAAUAUCUGUAUGUUGGAGCUAACGGUGGAAGUAGAUCACCUCAAGUAUCUCGAAUUUACGGCCCAAAACACGCACCAUCUGCUACUGCUACUUGUCUUACUUUUUAUUAUCAUGUCUAUAACAUCAGCAAACUUACACUGAAUACAUACAUUGCUACAGACCAUGGUGUAUCAGAUCCCGAAUGGUCAGUAUCAGUAAGUCAAGGACUACUUUGGCAUGGGGCAAGAUUCUCUGUUGUUUCAGAAACCUCUACGUGGCAGGUGGUUUUUGAAGUUGCUGUUGGAUAUAAAGGUUUCGGUCAAGUUGCAAUUGAUGAUGUGAUGAUUAAUUUAGGAAAAUGUCCAGAUCCAGGGUACUGUGAUUUCGAAGCAGAAGACUGCCUGUGGGAAAAUGUACGACCACCAUCAAGUAUUACGAACACGUUGAAAGAAUCUGGCAAGUAAUAUUAAUAUAUCUGAAGUGUAAUAUAAGAUAAAGAAAAAGACGUAAUAAGUUCAAAAUGUAGGGAAA